AUGGCGCGCCAAAGCCGCACUCGAUCAACGGCUGUUAUUCUUGCCUUGGCGUGUGUCCUGCUGUGGAAUGCAGGCUCUCCACAGGGGUUUGCCAGCCCUUCCGUCUCCGUGCAGCACCAGAGCUCCACCGCUCUCACCCAGUCUUCCAGCAGGACCGGGAUGAUUGGCACUCUGCGUGAACAGUCACGCGACUCGUCUGCUGUCGCAACGGCCGCUGCAGCAGCAGCACCCAACUUCUUUAGCAAGGUUUUUGCAGCCGGUGCUCAGGGCGCCACAGCCGCAUUCGUGGCGGCAAUUCUGUCUGCCAUCUGCGAGCCGCUCGUGAACCGCCUGUUGGUGAAGCGAAUGACGAUCUCCGAGGCGCUGAAGGAGAUGAACUUCAAGCUCAUCUCCAACUUCUUUCUUACGACUUUCCCUACCAACAUGUUGAAGUUCCCUGUCUUCGAGAUCAUCAACAUGGCCAUGACCUUCACUGCCUUCAGCCCUGGCUUGAGUACCAAAGCUGGCAUUAAACGGGCAAUGCAGGGGUGA